AUGAUUUUCGAUCAGUUAACUGUAGUGUUGUACCUUUUCGCUGCAAUUGUUAGUGUAAGUGCCCAAAAAUUAGUGCAAAAAGCUGCAGCCGUUCAGGAAAGAGAAUAUAUUCACCCGAAAAAUCACCUCCAGCUGCAGUCUCCCAAGAAUGCCAUUUCGGAGGAAGAACUUCAUUCCGAAUAUUGGUUCGAGCAGGCACAACAGGCGCUGACCAGCAAACUUCAGCAAAAAUUGGUAACCACCAAGGCUAAGAAUGUGAUUUUUUUUAUCGGUGAUGGAAUGUCUCCGCAAACAAUUGCCGCCAGCCGGAUGAUACUGGGCAAUGAAAACGAGUAUCUGUCGUUCGAAAAGUUUCCCCAUCUGGGACAGGUACGAACGUACUGCGUUAAUCGCCGGGUAUCCGACUCGGCCUGUACGGGAACGGCGUAUUUGUCCGGGGUGAAGAUUAAUUACGGGAUGCUCAACCUGGCAGCAUCCGUGGCCCGGUACAGCUGUGAGUAUGAGAAAAGUAACGAAACGGAAAUCGAUGGGCUGAUGAAAUGGGCACAGGAUGCUGGCAAAGCCACCGGAAUAGUGACGACCACUAGAAUUACGGAUGCUUCUCCGGCCGCGACCUAUGCUCGCAGUGCCACCCGGGGAUGGGAAGGCGAUGGGGAAGUGGCUGAGGAUGGGUGUGAUCCCAAGAAGACAAUCGACAUCGCUCAGCAGCUGGUUUACAAUGAAGUGUCGAAAAAUUUCAAUGUUAUUUUGGGUGGUGGGCGGAGGUUUUUCCUUCCGAGGGAAGCUAGAGACGAGGAAGGCAGUCGGGGGUACAGGAUGGAUGGACGCUACCUGAUUGGAGAAUGGAUGGGAGUGCACCGGGAGAUGGGAGAGUCAGUGUACGUUUGGAAUAAAACGCAACUGCUGGAGGUUGAUUUUGAAAAGACGGAUUACCUGCUGGGUUUAUUCGAGGCGAGUCAUUUGAUGUACAAUUUGGAAGUUCAGAUGCAAGAGGCAAGUGCAGCCGAACCGACGCUGUCGGAAUUGACCGAAUCCGCUAUCAAAAUGUUGCAGAAACAUGAGAAUGGAUUUGUGCUGUUCGUCGAGGGUGGAUUAAUCGAUUUGGCCCACCACAGUAAUCGGCCUCGCAUGUCGCUCGAUGAGACGGUGGAAUUCUCGAAAGCAAUCGAACUUGCUCGACGGCUCACAAGCGCUGACGAUACUUUGAUUGUAGUAAGCUCGGAUCAUAGUCACACGAUGACUUAUAACGGUUAUACUAAACGAGGACAGGAUAUUCUGGGAAUCGCCGAUAUCAGCGACAUGGAUGGUUUGCCCUAUACCACUUUGAGCUACGCGAACGGGCAAGGCUAUUACGAGACGUACAAUCCGGAUAAUCUCGCUGAACGGUUGAAUAUCUUUGAACAAGAUUUCACGGUGCACAACAAGCGCUAUCCGGCUACCGCUCCGCUAAGUUCGGAAACGCACGGCGGAGAAGAUGUAAACGUGUACGCUUCUGGGCCGUUGUCGCACAUUUUUGCCGGCAGCUACGAACAAAAUACGAUACCACAUUUGAUAGCAUAUGCCGUUGGGAUUGAAGCAUCCACAACCGAGAACGAUGACGAGGACGAUGAGGAUGACGGUGGCGCACAGUCAGCGGUAGUGUCGGCUGGCUUACUACUAUUGUCGGUAGUCUUUGCGGGGCUUUCGAACCGUUUUCAAUAA